GUAUAUAUAUCAUGGUUAUAAUUUAAACCUAGGGUUUCAAUUCCUUCUGCCGUCUACUCAUCUUCACUAACUGCUCAGCCGCCGUCAUCACCGCUGUUAUCUUCACAGAAGCAAGAAGAUGGCUUACGCCGCCAUGAAACCGCCAAAGCAGGGGAUAGAAGAGCCUCAAGAACAGAUUCACAAGAUUAGGAUUACUCUUUCGUCGAAGAAUGUUAAGAAUCUCGAGAAAGUGUGUGCUGAUUUGGUUCGUGGUGCCAAGGACAAGAAGUUGAGGGUCAAGGGACCUGUUAGAAUGCCGACAAAGGUUCUACAUAUCACAACCAGGAAGUCACCUUGUGGUGAAGGAACAAACACAUGGGACAGAUUUGAGCUCCGUGUUCACAAGCGUGUUAUCGAUCUUUUUAGCUCCCCAGAUGUUGUUAAGCAAAUCACCUCUAUUACCAUUGAACCUGGUGUUGAGGUUGAGGUCACCAUUGCCGACUCAUAGAUGCCUUAAAUCUUGUUCCUUUUUAAGUUACUAUGUUCUGUGUUGGGUGAUCUUGUUUCUUGGUGUAAUAGUUUCAUUUCUGUAGUAUUAAUACCUUUACAGUUUUGGAAGUAUUUUGACCUUAAGAAUGUCAGUUGUGUUUCUGUUAUCUAUAUAUUUUCACGAACUUGACGCA